CCGAAAUGGUUGAGGGCGCAGUAUUUCAACUUUGUCACGUGUUGUUGGGCACAAUUUCCGCCCAAUUAAAUCAAAAAUCACGUGAAAGCAAUUGUUUACAAUGAAUUCCAAGACAGGAAUCCCGCUGGGGUUUAAGUGAAAACAAAACAGAAACCCGCAGACUUAAUUCCUAUCCAGACUUUGCUUAGAGCACAAUCAAAAUUCGAAGUGGUUUAAUAACACUCAGAAACGCAUUUGACUCACAAUUACAUAAUUUUUCGACUUUGUUCAGUCCAAAAUGAAAGGAUUUUGGAGUCUGUGGCUAGUCGGGUUGAUUUGCCUGCUGGCACCUGCAACCAAAAGCGACUACGUGGAAAUGUCCGAGGAAUUCCUGGAACAAGUGACUUCACAACUGCAGCAACAGUUGGUCAAACUUGUGCGACAGGCAAAUGAGUCGAUUAAAGAACACCAAAAGAGCUGGACCAUAGAGGCAGAGAACGCGGACAACUGGAGGAGUGAGAUAGAGUCACUGGCCCAAAAGAGCAAACAGCACGAGGAAGCACUUGAGAAAGCGAAGAACGACAUUCUGCAAUAUUCUGAGAGCCAGUGCAUCCAGACUCUGAAAGUGCGCAAACUGCAAUGUCUGGACUGUGUGGCUUCGUCAUGCAGCAUGUAUGCCAGAGAAAACUGCGACUUUGGCGAUCUGGAGGAGGAGUCUAUUUUGGAUAAGAUCAUCAACUACCUGAUGGAGUUUUUCCACGUCCGAAGCAGAAUCGACGAGGGGGUUCAGAGGCAAUCCCAGUUUGCAAUUGAACAGGCCACAAAGAACCUAAGAGAGACUACCAACAAACUGGUGUAUCAACUGGAGUUAGCCAACAGGGCACUGGAGAAGGCGGGGUCAAAGGUCAACCCGGACACCCUGAAGAAAAACAUGGAAGAGGUCACUACAAGUGGAAAAGCCUACAUUAAAGACAUCUCGAACAGAAUAAAAAGCUCAGAGCUUGUUCUGGACCAUUUACUGGAAAAAGACCAACAGACAAAAGAGAGUCUCGAACUGGAGAUGAGAGAAGCCGAAGAAAUGACUGGACUUUCCCGAAGAGCAAGGAGGAAAUCCAUAUUCGCAACUAUAUGGCACGAAACUACCACCUUUUUGAAGAAGGUCGCGAAGACUGUCGCGAAUGCUGUCAAGACCACCGUCUGUUUUGUCUCAUUUGGAAAAGCUUGGUGCCCCGGAAAGAAAAAUAACCAGGGAUCCCAAGAGGUAUCGGAGGACUCGGUUGUGAGAUUCGACUCAGAGAUGCUGGGGUCCCUGCCGGCAUGCGCCAAAUUGGAGAAGAACCUUUCGCUGUGUCUGUCAUUCGUGCCUAUGUGUCGUUCCGAGUGCACCUCCCUCGACAUGGACUCGGUGUGUCCCCGGUGGCACGAGGAGUGGAUGGGGUACAAGAGGGCGUGGGCUAUUUCCAGCGCCAAUCUGGGAGACGUCUACAGUGAGUUGCAGGAGGCGGAACAGCAGAUGCUGGCUGCGAUUCAGAAGCACAACAGGGCAGUGGCCCAGGUGCUCAAGGACUACGGGUGGCUGGCAGACCACGCAACUGGAUCUAACCGCCUAGAAGAGAUCAAAGUGCUGUCACUUCAGUUUGACCCCGCCUCCUUCGACUCACAAGUCGUGAACAAGUUCACAAACUCAACCAUCAAGGUCAAAAUGUCGGAGGGAGAGACAGAAACUGUUCACAUGAAGGACCUCAUUGAUCCAUACAACGCAAAGGAAGUUGCAGAGGCUGCGAUGGCAUACAUCAAAGAAGCGGAGACGAAGAAACACUUUGCGCAACAUGAAGAGAUGAUCAAGGGGUUCACCAAUUGAAACUGCACAUGGCCUUAACUUGACUGGCUUCAUUUGAUAAACGAAAUAUUGAGCCUGAAUGAUAUUUAAGUAAGAAGCAACCAAAAAAACCUGAAGAAUACUUAAGUGAAUUCAGAUCACGCGUGAAAAAAAAAUCGAUUUGAUGGCCUUAUAAAAAAAUGAAAGCAUGGGUAAACAUUUGUAUUCAAUUUCUGGGCGAAACCUUUCGCAAACUAAGUUUGAAGCAGCAUGAAAAACAUUUAAAAAGAUUUAAAUAGCAUGUUUAAAAUGUAGAAUGUUAGAAUUGAAAAAGAUUAGAUUGCAACUUUG